AUGCCCUCCCGUCGCAGUCAUACCAAGUCCCGCAGGGGAUGUUUACACUGUAAACGGAGACAUGUCAAGUGCGACGAAGGGUCUCCCAAGUGUGGACUGUGCCGCAAGCGCAAGCUUGAAUGCAUCUAUCCCCCGCCCGGUUCGAGCGACGGUGAUACGCGACCGCCGUCCACCCCGCGAGAGGGCGGGGAGGAGGCCGCGGCGCCCGCGGAGGAGCUGUCGCUGCCCACGCGAAUGCUAGAGAUGCGAUUAUUCCACCACUACCUCACCGACACCUACACCACCCUCCUGCAGGCCAACCUCGGCCCGGACCAUUUCCAAAUGGUCGUGCCGCGACUGGCUAUGGGGGCCCCGUUUCUGCUGGACAGUCUUCUCGCGCUGGCCGCGCUGCAUCUGGCAACGCGGGAGCCCGACGACAAGGGGACGUGGUUGGAGGCGGCGCUCAAGUACCAGAAUCGCGCGUGCUCCGCCUUUAGUCGGGUCCUGGCCGAGCUGACGCCGGAAGAGAGCGGGCCCGCCUUUAUCUGCUCCAUCUUCAUCAUGCUAUGCGCCACCGCCUACCCCUGCAUCUCGCAAGACAGUCACCUCCACGCUUUUGACCCGCUGACCCAAGUGCUCGAAGUGCGCCGCCUGAUGGCCGGUUGCGCCUUGUUGUUCGGGCAGCUGAACGACGUGGAACACGUCGGGGAGCUGCGCGGCUGGCUGGUUUACAAGAACGAGGGAGCGGGCGGGCCCGGACACAUCCCCAUACCCAUGGACCCCAAUCUUGUGCGACUUAAAGAAGCGCUGCACAAAUCCCUCGAGAAGCUCCAGCUCGCGAUCGACAAACUGGACGAAUCCCAACGAGCCGGUUACCGGAGGGCGUGUGCCCUCCUGCAGGAAGCGACCGCGCGAUGGCCGAUGGGAUAUCCCAACGGGGGGUUCAUCGCAUGGCCGGUCAACAUCGACGAGGCGUUCCUCUCGUGUCUGAAGGACGGGCACUGGAUGGCGCGAGUGGUGUUCCUGCACUACGGAGCGCUGGGGUCGGUUGGGCCUGGUCAGCGGGGUGCCGUGGCGAGCGAGAGUGAGCUUUGUAGUCGCCAUGGGACGGAGAUGCUUUUGAUGGGUGGGAAUGCGGCGGAUGCAAGUGGUGGCAUCGGAGGAGGCGGCUUCCAAUUGAUCAAAACACCUGAUAACCAGUUUGAAUUCAUUGACUUUCGCGAAUCGGCCCCUGCGGCGGCCUCUGAGAACAUGUUCAAGAAUAAAUCCGAUGCGUCUACGAAGGGUGGCCUUGCCAGUGGCGUCCCCGGCGAGCUGCGCGGGUUGGAAUAUCUCCACAAUAAGUACGGCUCGCUCCCCUGGUCGACGGUGAUGCAGCCCGCCAUCCAGACCGCACGUCAGGGAUUCCCCGUCACCGAAGACCUGGUGCGCUAUAUGAAAUCUGCAGUCGGAGAUGACGAGGACUUCCUGUCCAAGAACCCGACGUGGGCGCUGGACUUCGCCCCCAACGGCACCCGUCUCGGUCUCGGGGACACCAUCACGCGUCGACGCUACGCCGACACGCUGGAGACGAUUGCCAAACACGGCGCGGAGGCCUUCUACUCGGGCCCAAUUGCAGAGGCGACGAUUGCGGCUCUGACAGCCUCCAACGGCACGAUGACUAUGGAGGACCUGCGCAACUACACGGUGGCCGUCCGCGACGUCGCGCAGAUCAACUAUCGGGGUUAUAAAGUGUCCAGCGCGACGGCUCCUUCGUCGGGGAUAGUGGUUCUCAACGUGUUGAAGGUCCUCAACAUGUACGACGAGUUCUUUACCCCGGGGAAUGUGAAUCUCAGCACGCACCGCAUGGAUGAGGCGAUCCGGUUUGGCUAUGGCCAGCGGACCAACCUGGGAGACCCGUACUUCCUCGACGGGUUGGAUGAGUACCAGAAGAAGAUGCUGUCCGACGCCACGAUCAAGGAGAUCCAUGGUAAGAUCUCGGACACCAGGACCCAGAAUGCGUCGGCCUACGAUCCCGAUGGACUCGAGAGUCUCAACACACCGGGCACGUCACACAUCGCAGCCGUGGACCACACUGGCCUCGCCAUUUCCGAGAUCACCACCAUCAACCUCCUCUUCGGCAGCAAAUUGAUGGUCCCCGAGACAGGAAUCAUCAUGAACAACGAGAUGGACGACUUCUCAACCCCAGGCUCCUCCAACUCCUUCGGCUACAUCCCCUCCCCCGCGAACUUCAUCCGCCCCGGCAAACGCCCCCUCUCAUCCAUGACCCCAGCGAUGGUAACCCACCCCAACGGAACGGUAUUCUUCAUCGCCGGCUCCGCCGGCGGAAGCCGCAUCAUCACCGCCACACUACAGAACAUCAUCCACGCCGUGGACGAAGGCAUGUCCGCCGCGGAAGCGCUGGCGCAGCCCCGUCUCCACGACCAGCUCAUCCCCAGCGAGGUGCAGUUCGAGUAUUCUUAUGACAAUUCCACUGUCGCUUUCAUGAAAUCCCUCGGCCAUAAUGUUACUUGGCUGGCACCGGGGGAGAGCUCCGCGCAGGCGAUCCGUCGGCUUCCGAAUGGGACGUUUGAUGCUGCGGGUGAGCCGAGGCAGCUGAAUUCGGGGGGGAUAGCCGUUUAG